AUGUGGCAUCACCGCGGGGCAGAACUGGCGGCGGAGACGCGGCGCUGUCGGCGGCAGCGCAGGUGUCGGGAGGAGCGUGCGGUCGCUGGCGAGGCCGGGAGCCGCCGGGGGGUGACCGCCUCCUUCCUGCCCUGGGGCGAGGCGAGCGCGGGGCCGCAGCUGCGGCAGCAGCGCCAUGUGGCAGCGCCGCCGCGAGGGACCGGGCAGCUGGCAGCCCCGCCGAGAGCCGGGGGCUGCUGCCACCCCCCCGGGGGCUCCGAGCAGCCGGGAGGGGAGCGCCCCGAGCGUGGGCCUUUGAGCUUUGCAGGCUCCGGGGAGCUGCGUCUGGUGGGCGGCGGCGGGCGCUGUGCCGGGCGCGUGGAGGUGAAGCACGGCGGUGAGUGGGGCUCCGUGUGCGCCUUCGACUUCGACUGGGAGGCUCGCUGGGCCGUGGUGGUGUGCCGGCAGCUGGGCUGCGGCCGGGUGGCCAGGGCGUCCCUGCACGCCCCGUUCGGGCCGGGCAGCGGGCGGAUCUGGCUGCAGCCCUUCUUCUGCAACGGCACCGAGGUUGAGCUGAAGAGCUGUUCGCACUUCGGAUGGGGACGGCAUUUCUGCGGCCACGAGUGGGAUGUGGGGGUGACCUGCACAGAUGCCGUGGAGCUGAGGCUGGCGGGCGGCGGCAGUCCCUGUGCCGGGAGGGUGGAGGUGAAGCUGCAGGGCCACUGGGGCACAGUGGGAGACGACAACUGGGACUUGGAGGACGCCGAGGUGGUUUGCCAGCAGCUGGGUUGUGGUUCGGCUUCUGGCGCCUUCUCUGCCCGGGACCGCUUUGGAGUAGGGGAUGGGCUGGUCAGCCUGGCCCUGGUGGACUGCAGAGGGGACGAGGCCACGCUCUGGGACUGCGAGAUCCGUGGCUGGGGACCCUAUAACAGCAGCAUCCAUGGAUUGGACACUGCCGUUGUCUGCCAAGGCUUUUCCCGGCUGGUUGGUGGCGAUGGAUCCUGUGCCGGGCGGCUGCAAGUGCGUCAGGGCCGUGCCUGGGUCGGUGUGUGUGAGGAUCGUGUGGACAUGAAGGUGGCCCAGGUGGUGUGCAGGGAGCUGGGCUGCGGUGAGGUGAUCGCCAUCGCCGGCAGUGGCCGUUUUGGGGCAGUGUCGGGAUCACUCUGGGACGGGGGUUUCCAGUGCAAGGGCACCGAGCCCCGCCUCAGCGCCUGUGCCCGGCGUCCGGCCCAGAGCCAGAGCUGCAGCGGCCCUGGCAGCGUCAUCUGCUCCUCCUACACGGGCUUCCGGCUGGGGAACGGCAGCUCGGGAUGCUCCGGGCGCGUGGAGGUGGCAGCGAGGGGGACGUGGGGCUCCGUGUGCGCCAGCGAGUGGGACAUGGCCGAUGCGCACGUCCUGUGCCGCCACCUGGGCUGCGGCCGUGCCCUCAGCGUGCUGCCGGGAGGCUCCUUCGGCAGCGGGGAGGGGCCGCUGCGGCCGGACGCCUUCGGCUGCAGCGGGAGCGAGCGGCACCCGGGCCAGUGCCCCGUGGCCGUGCUGGGGAAGCCGCCCUGUGCCCCCGGGAACGCCGCCGCCGUCAACUGCUCAGGCGCUGUUGAGUCCCUGCGGCUGGUGAAGGGUGAGACCCGGUGCGAGGGCUUUCUGGAGUCGGAGACAAGCUCCGGGGCCUGGCGCCGUGUGCCAGGAGAGGUUUCGCUGCUACGGAAUUUCAGCAAUGUGUGUUGGAAUCUGGGCUGUGGAGGACUGGAGAAAAGUCAGGGUGUCCCUGGGAAGUCCUUCCUACGGGAUAUCAACUUGGGAGAGAGAAAAAUCUUGGAAAAAAUGAUCAAAGACAUUGUGCAGAUGACCACUGUUCUGUCUACUCGGACCAUAAGUGAGGGUCAUUUUUACAGUGAUUACAGGGGCAUGACCACUGCACCAGCUGACAUCCCUCAUGGGACCUACCUUGUCUGCUCAGGCAGCCUGCAGGUGAGGCUGGUGGGGAGCUCAGGGCGCUGUGCCGGGCGUGUGGAGGUCUAUUCCGGUGGCAGCUGGAGCUGGGUGUGCCAGGAAGGCUGGGAGCUGCAGGACGCGGCCAUUGUGUGCCGGGAGCUGGGCUGUGGCACGGCGCUGCAGGCCCCGGGCUGGGCGCGCUUGGGUGCCGGCCCGGGGCCGCUGUGGCCGUACAGCCCCGACUGCUCCGGCUCCGAGGAGUCUCUGUGGGAGUGCGGGCGCACGGAACGGCGCGAGUGCGGGCGCGGCGGCGGGGCAGGGGCCGUGUGCUCAGAGCAGCUCUCCGUGCGGCUGGCAGGGGGCCGUGGGCGCUGCCGGGGCUUCCUGGAGGUCUCCUACAACGGCACCUGGGGCCGCGUUUGCGCCAACGGCACCGGCGAUGGCACCGCCGGCACCGUCUGCCGCCAGCUGGGCUGUGGACACCGGGGCUGGCUCAGAGCUGUCUCCGCCCAGGAGCCGAGCGAGGCCUGGCUGGCCUGGGUGGGCUGUGAGGACGGGGCCCGCUCGCUCUGGCAGUGCCCCUCGGCACCCUGGCACCUGCAGAGCUGUGGCACCGACGAGCACGCCUAUGUGGAGUGUGAGGAGCACAGUGAUGGCACCACUGAGGGACACACUACCCCAUAUCCGGAGGGUGCCACCAGCACAGGUGUCCCCAGAAGGCGGCCCCGGGCAGUGGCCGUGGGGUCUGUGCCCGUGCCCACUGUGCUGUGCGUGGUGCUGGGGACGCUGCUGUGCCUGUCCCUGGGUGCCCUGGCCCUGCUGCUGUGCCGUGCCCGUGCCCGGCGCCAAGACCCUGGCAGAGCUGCAGAUGCCCUCUCCAACGCUGUCUACGAGGAGCUGGAUUACAAAGCCAUGCCCGAGUACCAGGAGGUGCCCACUCCCCCAGGUUCCCUGUUGGAGGGAUGGGUGAAGAAGCUGCCGUAUGACACCGGGGACAGCGUGGAGGGGAGUGACAGCGAGGCAGCCCCAGAUCCCCCUGCCCGGCCCGAGCAAGGACCCCCGGAUGGCUACGACGAUGUCCUGGAUGUGGCCCAGGAGCCCCCCGCUGCCAGCACUGGGGACAUCUCCGAGGGAGUGGCACGGCAGAGGUGGAUCUAUGUGCUGCCCACAGGUGGCAUCUACUCCCCUCCAGGUCCCCCAGGAGCCACCAGGGAGCCCUCGGAACAGCCCCCUGGACACAUGGACUAUGAUGAUCACCCCGCGGUGGCAGGGCAGCCGGGCCAUGGCCCCGGCCUGGGGCACGUCGUGCUCCAGGAGGUUCCCGAUGUUCAGGCCGGGCUGCAGGGCCCGGAGGGCGUCCAGUUCCUGCAGCAGGGCCUGGCUGAAUCCGUCCGUGCUCAGCCUGGGCGUGGAGGAGGCAGGAGCAGAGGAGAAGUUGUUGGAGCUUGUGGGGAGGGAGGUGCUGCAGCGGCCGCGGUGCCGGUGCGGCCCUGCCUGUCCCGCGGCCUCCGCUGCCCGGCUCGGGCAUGCCGGGCAUGGAAGGGGCCGGGACAGGGCCCUGACUCACCCCAGGCUCCUCAGCGGGCAGGCGGGAUGCCGGAGCUGCUGGCAGAGCUGCAGGACGCCCUGGGCUCGCAGCUCGAUGUCGCUCAGGUCCAGGCAGCUGAGACGGGGCCCCUGCAGCAGCCGCGCAGCCAGGGCUGGGCAGGAGGUGCCCGCCAGCCGGCAGCUGCCCAGCCUGUGGGAGCGAGGGAAAGAGGGAAGGAGGGCUUUGGCCUCUGCUCGCUGAGCUGCUCCAGCGGGGAUCAGUGGAGCCGCAGCUGUGAAUGGGUGUCAGAGCCAUCGGCGCAAGCGGAUCGCUGCGUAGGGAAUGCGCUGCCGGAGAGUCCUGUGAAGGGUGAGCCCGGGGCGUUUCCCGCCGUGCGCGGCUGGCGGGCUGCAGGGGCCCGGGGCGGCGGGGCCGGGGCGGCGGAGACGCGGCGCUGUCGGCGGCAGCGCAGGUGUCGGGAGGAGCGUGCGGUUGCUGGCGAGGCCGGGAGCCGCCGGGGGGUGACCGCCUCCUUCCUGCCCUGGGGCGAGGCGAGCGCGGGGCCGCAGCUGCGGCAGCAGCGCCAUGUGGCAGCGCCGCCGCGAGGGACCGGGCAGCUGGCAGCCCCGCCGAGAGCCGGGGGCUGCUGCCACCCCCCCGGGGGCUCCGGGCAGCCGGGAGGGGAGCGCCCCGAGCGUGGGCCUUUGAGCUUUGCAGGCUCCGGGGAGCUGCGUCUGGUGGGCGGCGGCGGGCGCUGUGCCGGGCGCGUGGAGGUGAAGCACGGCGGUGAGUGGGGCUCCGUGUGCGCCUUCGACUUCGACUGGGAGGCUCGCUGGGCCGUGGUGGUGUGCCGGCAGCUGGGCUGCGGCCGGGUGGCCAGGGCGUCCCUGCACGCCCCGUUCGGGCCAGGCAGCGGGCGGAUCUGGCUGCAGCCCUUCUUCUGCCGUGGCACCGAGGAUGCGCUGGAGCAGUGUCCUAACUUCGGAUGGGGACGGCAUUUCUGCGGCCACGAGUGGGAUGUGGGGGUGACCUGCACAGAUGCCGUGGAGCUGAGGCUGGCGGGCGGCGGCAGUCCCUGUGCCGGGAGGGUGGAGGUGAAGCUGCAGGGCCACUGGGGCACGGUGGGAGACGACAACUGGGACUUGGAGGACGCCGAGGUGGUUUGCCAGCAGCUGGGUUGUGGCUCGGCUUCUGCUGCCUACUACACCCACGAGCGCUUUGGCGUAGGGGACGGGCUGGUCAGCCUGGCCCUGGUGGACUGCAGAGGGGACGAGGCCACGCUCUGGGACUGCGAGAUCCGUGGCUGGGGACCCUAUAACAGCAGCAUCCAUGGAUUGAAUUCCGCCGUUGUCUGCCAAGGCUUUUCCCGGCUGGUUGGUGGCGAUGGAGCCUGUACCGGGUGGCUGGAGGUGCGUCAGGGCCGUGCCUGGGUCGGUGUGUGUGAGGAUCGUGUGGACAUGAAGGUGGCCCAGGUGGUGUGCAGGGAGCUGGGCUGCGGUGAGGUGAUCGCCAUCGCCGGCAGUGGCCGUUUUGGGGCAGUGUCGGGAUCGCUCUGGGACGGGGGUUUCCAGUGCAAGGGCACCGAGCCCCGCCUCAGCGCCUGUGCCCGGCGUCCGGCCCAGAGCCAGAGCUGCAGCGGCCCUGGCAGCGUCAUCUGCUCCUCCUACACGGGCUUCCGGCUGGGGAACGGCAGCUCGGGAUGCUCCGGGCGAGUGGAGGUGGCAGUGAGGGGGACGUGGGGCUCCGUGUGCGCCAGCGAGUGGGACCUGGCCGAUGCACACGUCCUGUGCCGCUACCUGGGCUGCGGCCGCGCCCUCAGCGUGCUGCCGGGAGGCUCCUUCGGCAGCGGGGAGGGGCCGCUGCGGCCGGACGCCUUCGGCUGCAGCGGGAGCGAGCGGCACCCGGGCCAGUGCCCCGUGGCCGUGCUGGGGAAGCCGCCCUGUGCCCCCGGGAACGCCGCCGCCGUCAACUGCUCAGGUGUUGACUUCAUCACGUCCCUGAGGCUGGUGGAUGGUCAGAGCUUCUGUGAUGGGCGGCUGGAGGAGAGCAUAACCAGCCCAGCCUGGCGCCGUGUGCCUCUGGAGCAGUGGAAGUUAUGGGAUGUGUACAUGGUGUGUGCAGUGCUGGGCUGUGGCCUUCCCAAGGACGUUUACACUGCCUUGGGUACGGCUCCUGUAUUGAGCAGCAGCCGCAGCGAGGUGGACAUCAUUACUGAAGAGAUGGACAGUAUUUUGGGCAUCGGCUCUGCACUGACCAGCAGCCCUGAGGAGAUGGAUAACCAGCUGGAGGAGAUGGGUGAUGUCUCAGGAAUGGGUCCUGCAGCGAACAGCAGCCUUGAAGAGAUAAUUAUUGUCUGCUCAGGCAGCCUGCGGGUGAGGCUGGUGGGGAGCUCAGGGCGCUGUGCCGGGCGUGUGGAGGUCUAUUCCGGUGGCAGCUGGAGCUGGGUGUGCCAGGAAGGCUGGGAGCUGCAGGACGCGGCCGUUGUGUGCCGGGAGCUGGGCUGUGGCACGGCGCUGCAGGCCCCGGGCUGGGCGCGCUUGGGUGCCGGCCCGGGGCCGCUGUGGCCGUACAGCCCCGACUGCUCCGGCUCCGAGGAGUCUCUGUGGGAGUGCGGGCGCACGGAACGGCGCGAGUGCGGGCGCGGCGGCGGGGCAGGGGCCGUGUGCUCAGAGCAGCUCUCCGUGCGGCUGGCAGGGGGCCGUGGGCGCUGCCGGGGCUUCCUGGAGGUCUCCUACAACGGCACCUGGGGCCGCGUUUGCGCCAACGGCACCGGCGAUGGCACCGCCGGCACCGUCUGCCGCCAGCUGGGCUGUGGACACCGGGGCUGGCUCAGAGCUGUCUCCGCCCAGGAGCCGAGCGAGGCCUGGCUGGCCUGGGUGGGCUGUGAGGACGGGGCCCGCUCGCUCUGGCAGUGCCCCUCGGCACCCUGGCACCUGCAGAGUUGUGGCACCGACGAGCACGCCUAUGUGGAGUGUGAGGAGCACAGUGAUGGCACCACUGAGGGACACACUACCCCAUAUCCGGAGGGUGCCACCAGCACAGGUGUCCCCAGAAGGCGGCCCCGGGCAGUGACCGUGGGGUCUGUGCCCGUGCCCACUGUGCUGUGUGUGGUGCUGGGGACGCUGCUGUGCCUGUCCCUGGGUGCCCUGGCCCUGCUGCUGUGCCGUGCCCGUGCCCGGCGCCAAGACCCUGGCAGAGCUGCAGAUGCCAUCUCCAACGCUGUCUACGAGGAGCUGGAUUACAAAGCCAUGCCCGAGUACCAGGAGGUGCCCACUCCCCCAGGUUCCCUGUUGGAGGGAUGGGUGAAGAAGCUGCCGUAUGACACCGGGGACAGCGUGGAGGGGAGUGACACUGAGGCAGCCCCAGAUCCCCCUGCCCGGCCCGAGCAAGGACCCCCGGAUGGCUACGACGAUGUCCUGGAUGUGGCCCAGGAGCCCCCCACUGCCAGCACUGGGGACAUCUCCGAGGGAGUGGCACGGCAGAGGUGGAUCUAUGUGCUGCCCACAGGUCCCCCAGGAGCCACCAGGGAGCCCUCGGAACAGCCCCCUGGACACAUGGACUAUGAUGAUGUCGGCAGCAGCGCCCUGGGGACGUUGCCAUGAACACGUCCUGGCCAUGCCACAGCCCUGGGGACGCGUGUGUGGCAGUGUGGUGGGGCCCUGUCCCCAGGGAAGGCUGGCCCUGCCCACAGAGGUCAGCCCUCGCUGUCAAGCGCUGCAGGAAAAGAGCUCCUGUGCAGGGAUUAUCUUUGAUUUCAGUGUGAUUUUCCCUUUUUUCCUAUUAAAACCCAAACUGGUCAGAGAGUCAUUCCCAGACCAGGAACCUCA